AUGCCCCUCGACGCACUGCCAUACGACGUGAAGGAGCUCAUCCUCUCCGCCCUUGGCUCCCCAAAGGACCUCCUUCGAUUGGCGCUCACGAGCAAGUCGUGGAAGUCGCUGGUCAUCCCGCAUCACAUCGAGUAUCGUCUCCUUCGACUGGACGACCAUCGACCCGAGGUAUGGAAGCAUCUCGCGGAGAAACGACUCCUUGCUUCACGCAUCAGAACUGUCGUCCUGGGCCCCGACUAUCGUCUCUUGCCCGGCGUUGGACAGUCUCAAUCUUCGCUCUAUCCCAGGACGUUGCUGUCGACGCCAACUUCAGAGGCAGCCCAAAUCAAGGAUGUCCAGGUCGUUAGGGAGGACGUACUGCAAGCGCUCCGGAACAUGACUUCCUUGGUCAGCUUCAGCUUGCACCUGGAGUAUGAUCCGGAGUGCCCGCUGCAGCCACUACCCGGUGAUCCCUUUGCCGGGAAGGAGAUCGUUCAAGCGCUAAAGGAGUCCAAGUCGUUGCGCAAGGUGUCGAUAUCUGACCUCGGGAACAAGAUUUUCUCCUGUGGAUUGAAACAUCAUGAAGCAGAGGUUGGGUUGGAAGACGUGCUGUGGGCAUUUCGCGACCUCGAGGAGUUGUCCACGACAAUUCCUUUCCCUAAGCUGACCGCAGCAGUCAAGGCUGUUCAACCCAUGUCGAAUCUUCGCCGCCUGUGUAUUCGGCCUGGGACCUAUCAUCUCAGUAGCGACUUCUUGUCGUACACCUUCCCACAUCUACACACAUUCGAUCUCAACGUGUUCCCUUUCGGAGAGCCCGAAGUUUGGGACCAGCCGGUCAUCGAAUUCCUUUCACGGCAUCCAACAAUCGAAGUAUUGGAAUGGCAAACCCUAUAUCAAACUCGCCCACCUCGCCUAUCGAGGACGUUGCUUCCGAACCUCAAGGUCAUCCGGUCAAACCACAAACUGGGAAGUAUCUUCCCGUCGCUAGAGGUCAUGUACCUGCGACCAGAUCAGCCGGGGGCAUUCAGACGACUUUGCAAUGACGGCUUCACAUUUCCCUUCGCUUCGAUGCCUACCAACGGUCUCCGUCCUGUUCAAAGCAUCGCAAAAGGAGACGCUAGUGAGGAAUUUGUUGGCUGCCUGUUCGACUCUGACGUGGGUCACCGCGAUAUGUGA